AUGCGUCUUGCGGUGUACUUUAUAUUAACCAGUUUGGUAGAUGCACAGAAUUUCUCGUUGAAUAACAUAUUGAAAACAGUUAAGGAACAGGUGUAUUAUGAGACUAUUCUUCUUUUAGGUCAAAGUGAUAGUUGUUGGAACCAAAAAGACUUUGAAGACGACGUUCCCGUACUUAACUUCGAUGCGAAUCAAAGUUUUUAUUUAAAAGACAUCUUAAAUUCAAAGAUUCUGGUACUUGUUUGCUUGAAGGAAAAGAAAAAUGAUUUAAUGAGAGCAAUCUACAGCAAUCUUCAAGAUAUGCGAGAUACGCCCACCAUAUUGUUUGCAUCUUCGGAUGACCACAUACGUAGUAUGUUUCUGGAGUGUUUCACUGAAAAUAUGCUUAAUGUGUUGGCCUUCAAGGACUCAGAUACGAAGUUUGUCUACAGCUUUCAGGCAUUCCCCAAAUUAAAGGUCAUAAGACGAAAGGUGAAAGAAGGACUGAGAUACUUUCAGCAACAACUUAAGGAUCUUGGGGGCUAUGCCCUAAAGACACUACCGGACAACAUAAUGCCGAGGACCGUGAUCUACCGAACUGCCGAUGGAACUCGUCAGAUGGGCGGCUACCUUAGCCGCUUUAUCCGGAACUAUGUGAGCACCCUUAAUGCAACUCUCAAAAUUUGCUGGGACCUGGUUCCGGAGGAGGGUAUAACCCAUUUGAUGGAUGCUACCAAACUCUCGGAGAUUUAUGAUGUGGAUUUUCCGCUCGGUAUAGAUAUUCUUAGCCAACAAACAUUACAACAAGUCGUUCCUAUGGAGGUAUCCAGCUGGUUUUUGAUCCUGCCUAUGGAACCACGCCUGCCCCGAGCUAGUUUUUUCGUUAAAUUUGGUUUUUAUAAUUAUAUACCUUUAGUGCUACUGCUAUCAAUUGUGCUUAGUAAUGCCCAUCGCAUAGAAUUGGGCCUUAGUCCCACCUGGCGUUUCUACGUAGAGGGAUGUAAAGUCCUGCAGGGAACACUGACACAACCAUUUUUACCCAAAGGACUCUCCGUUAAGCUGAUGAUUAUUUACUGGAUGAUCCUGCUUCAUGGAUUCUUUGUGAGCAACUACUACACGGCCAGUCUGGAAACCUGGCUCGUUCAUCCACCGACAACUGAUCAAAUCCUGGACUGGGAUGAAAUGCGCCGCCGAAAGAUGAAGGUCCUUGUAAUGUCAAGAGAGUUGAAUGACUUAAGAAGUGCUAUGGGCUCGGAACUUUACGAUGCUUACAGCGAUAUAUUCCAGACCACCACUUCGGAGGACUUUCAAGAGAAGCGCCUAUUUUUGGAUGAGAACUAUGCCUACCCAGUGUCCCCUACCUUGUGGCCACAAUUGGAGCAGUCACAAGUUAGGCUUAGUCGACCCAUAUUCCGCCGAUCCCGAGAGAUGGUUUUUUUGCCGUUUUUAAUCUUUAAUUUACCGAUGCCAAGGAACUCAGUGUUUUACAAGUCUGUAAAAAGAUACACCGCACUCACUCAUGAUAGCGGUCUAUAUAGACUUUGGUUCAGACGUAGCUUCUACGAAUUGGUGGACAUCGGAAAAAUCUCCUACAAAGAAGAUAGAAAUCAUGAAUUGUACUGUGAUCUUAAGUGGAAGGACUUUUACUUUGUAUGGAUAGCCUACGUGGUGGAAACCAUCUUAAGUUUCCUAAUCUUUAUCAUGGAGCUGGUAUACCACAAGCGGAGUGUGAAGAAGACUCUCCACUAA